AUGCUUGCCACACUUGGCAUCAAGAAGGACAACGACAGCAAUGAAGACUUCGUUCUGGAAAGAAGCGACGACGAAGACGUAGAGGGGAACCUUGACGAUUUCGAUCCUGAACCAGAAACGACCAAUGAGAGUGUCAAGAAACGGCGCUUUUCACCACACGAGGUGUUGCCCUUGCAGAAGAAACACAAGGGGGGAGAGUCGCGCGAUUCCCUGCGCGGUGAUGUCGUCGAUGACAGUGGUGGAGCAAAUAUAACUGAGUACGUGGAAUACACGCCUCGGAAACGCACAAGCAAGCAUGUCGACGAGCUUGAGGCGAUGGCGGUCAGUUGUGAUAAAGUUGUGAGCGUCGUGGUUACUUUUCCUUCUGUGGAGAUUUCGAGCUGGGAAGAAUUUAACAACGUUUUCAGUGAACACAAGAGGAAAAAUCAGCUCAACUUUCGUGUGCGCAGCUCUGAAACGACUGUGGCGUACACUUUGUAA